AUGACCAAGGGCAUCCCGGCGCCGGGUGUCGUGCCCGAACGCGUGCACUUGUCCGCGGCACGACAGCAAGUCCUGAUUGACAUGGCCGACAGCAUCGUCGCCGAAACGCUGCAGACGUACGAGUCGUUCGUCAUCAACAAGCGUCAACUGCCUCACGACCAGUGGAAGCACGUCAAGACCAAGGAGAAGGUGCACGUCUUUCGUUCAAGACGCGGUAAGCCGCACAGUCAGUCCCACGACGAGAAGGACCCAAGUCGGCCGAGACUGUUGUCCGCUACUGCCAUGGAGCAGGCCGCGACUUCUGGACGACCGUUCUACGACAAUCCGGUUGAAGAAGAAGAGAUCAGCAGCAACACACAUAGCUCUAGCAGCGACGCCGGAUCGUUCUCCUUACUCGACGAAAGUGUCUUGGCUGAUGUCAAGCCGUCCCACGUGCCACUCGUAGUGGCUACAGGUUCCAUCGACGGCAACGUCGAAGACGCGGCGUUCGGUGCCGUCGCCAAUACAAAACGUAGGUGGCUGAUGCGCAACUUGUACGUCAAGAACGACGUGUUCGAUGACCGUAAGCUGCUUGCAACACUGCAGACUCCAAGCCUGGAGGACCCGUUUCGAUCCGUCGUCAUCAAGUGGGCGACGGCCAACUUCGGGCCGUUCAUGACGCGUCGAGACUUUCUGUAUCUCGAAUCUAUGGGCAUGGCGUUCGACUCAGACGGCGAACGAGUAUUCUACAACCUCAUCCACUCUAUCCAGUUGGACGAGUGCCCGCCUCUGGACCGUCUCGAUAUUAUCCGAGCCAGCACUUCAAUCUGCUACAUUGUCCGCCAGCUCAACAGCCACAGCGUCGAGCUGUUCAGUCGAGGAUUCGCUGAGCUUCGCGGCGAAAUGAUGGAGAGCCACGGCAUCGCCAUUCUAGGCCAGAACGUGGCGUCGUGCGCUGGUGUCGUGGAGUGCUCGAAUCUUAAGAAGCUGAGCUGGUUGAUGUCUCGCCGUCGCCGCAGCGACGCGUCAGGUAUCGCUUAUGUGAGCGCGUGCGGCGUGUGCCAUAAGUCGCUUAAGAACUUGGGCUCUCUGCUACAGGCUCCGUCGGGAUGUCCAAUUUGCCGUUGCGUUAUGUGUAGCAAGUGCAGCGUCCAGAAGAAGCUGGCGGUCGACGCGACGAAAGGGAUGACACUGAAGAACUUCAGCUUCUGCUUGUCUUGCGUUAUCGAAGCGCGCGAGUUAUCAGCGUGGGAAGUCGCCACAGCCUGCCUUGACGGUCCUUAAUUAAACGGAGACCAAUUGGUUCAAUAGAAUAGACGUUUGCCACUGUAUUA